AUGGCUUCGCCGGGGCUCGCCGCCGGCGACGGCAUCUACGACUUCCACCUCCGCUCGCUCUCCGCGGCCUCACGGGACUCCGCUGCGGCCGCCGACCCCGCCUCCGACCCCAACCUCCUCCAAUCUGUAACCGCAUGCCCCUUCGAUCCCUUGUCCCCUAUGUCCGGUUUCUUGGAUGUGAGAAGGGUGUGCGAGAUGUGCCGGACGGCGAAGGAGGCGAAGGACGAGAUGGUGGCGCGGGCGUUCCCGGUGAUGGGCAAGCUAUUUCAGCGAUGCGCCGCCGCUCCGACGCAGGCCGUGGCCUCCACCGGCGUGCUGCUUCUAUGUUCUGUAUUUUUUCGUACCAGACCAUCCUGCAAAUUCUUCCUGGAUUUUGGGGAGGCGGUCUUGCACGAUGCUGAUGGUAGCUUGAAAACCUUCUUCCGCUCUUGCUUAAGUAGGGAGUUUGCAGAUCCUAUUGUUGCAGAGCGCACGGUUGAAUUCCUUGUAACAAACAAGACAAAGAUCCUUAGCUCCUUUCCCAAUUUGAUUCCACAGUUUUAUCCAUUGUUGUUAAAGCUUAUUGCAUCAAAUGGUGAGAGACUGGAGAAUAAGUUUGCGGAAGUACUUCCGUUAAUGAUGUCAGCAGGAUCUUUUCUUCCUCUUUUCCUAUCCCUUAUGGGUUUGCCAAUGUUGGUGGUGGCACUGGAAAAGGUGGAAAGAAGUUCUGGAACUCUUAUUGGCAGUAGUAUAGCUACAAUCCAGAAGAGCGCUGCUCCUGAGAUGCUUCUUGCACUGAUGGACGAGGCAUAUACUGGUUCCGCAAUAGAAGAACCUAGUGGUAAUUCAGGCUCUGAUGAUAGUGGUCCCCUAGACCUUGCUGACCCAAUGUUCUUAGACCUUCUAAAAGACGAGAAUGAUGGCAUUGCUGCAAAACAUUGGAUAUCCCCUACGAUAUCUUCAACAUUACAAGCAGCAUUUAACAGCCCACAGUCGGAUAGAUUGAAACAGUCACUGGAAAUGGCACCUCACUUUCUUACUUUGUAUUUCGCGACGGCAUUGCGGGAUGUUAAUGACUCACUGUUGUGUGCUCUUAUUCCAGUAGUUAUGUCAAGAUAUGCUGCGAUGUUCCCAGACAAGGUUUUCUCUUUCAAGGUGAGGAAAAGGCUUUCAGACUUCAUUUUGGCUGCAUUCCAGCGGUCUCCUAACAUCAUUGCAGUACUGAAGAAACCUAUUACUGACAGACUUGGUGAAGCUCAUGAUAAUCCUGCUAAGACAGAGUUAGCAUUGCACUUGUGCUGGGCCAUUGGUGAGCAUGGAGCUGGAGGGAUAGAUCGCAAAGAUGUUGCUCGUGAGCUAUUUGAAAAUUUGGAAUUAUUAUUGUAUGAAAACCUGGCAACUAGCCGUGUGGUAUUAAACCAGGAGCCAGGAUCUGAUUCCAUGGGUGCAUCAUCUAGAAAGUCAUCCCAAGCCAGGCUUCUCUGCUUUGUGGUGACUGCCAUUGCAAAACUAGCAACAUGCCAUAGUGAGUUGCUUCCGAGAGCACACGUGUCAUUGGGUAAGGUCGCUCGUUCCCCAACCUCAGACAGGAGAGUCUACCAACGGGCCUGUGACUAUUUAGGGCUCAUGAAUGAACCAGCCAUCUGUUUAUCUGUAUUGGGACCGUCCACUGCCCAAGGAAAUGGUCCUGGUAUUGUGAAUUGGAGUGAAGGAGGAACAAAGAUGGUAUCUCACGUUCCAUUUUACCUUUUAGCUGAGCAAAAAGGUCCACCGUUUCAUGAUUUUUCAUUUACCGACCUCCUCCCAACAGAAUGA